UAUUAUAUUGAGUAUGCCAUGCUAGAACUUGCCAGAAUAACUAAAUUGUAUGAAGAUUUUCCAUGUCUUGUUUUUGUGUUUGUUACAUUGUCUCUGAUAGCAAAAAAAAAAAAAAAAUGUAUAAAAUUUGGCUUAAGAUACUGUUCAUGUUAGGAAAACAGUUGAUUUUGCUUAUUUUAAUGCUUGUAUUCAUUUGAGGGCAUAUGGUAAACAGCUGUGUUGCAUUGCAGUAAGUUGGGGAAAUGGAUGGAAGCAACCAUAGUAGAGUCUCUGAGUUCCUGCUCCUUGGGCUUUCGGAGAGUCCUGAGCAUCAGAGGGUCCUGUUUUGGAUGUUCCUGUCCAUGUACCUGGUCACAGUGGUGGGAAAUGUGCUCAUCAUCUUGGCCAUUGGCUCUGACUCCCGCCUGCACACUCCCAUGUACUUCUUCCUGGCCAACCUCUCCUUCACUGACCUCUUCUUCGUCACCAACACAAUCCCCAAGAUGCUGGUGAACCUUCAGUCCCAGAACAAAGCCAUGUCAUAUGCAGGGUGUCUGACCCAGCUCUACUUCCUGGUCUCCUUGGUGGCUCUGGACAACCUCAUCCUGGCCACGAUGGCAUAUGACCGCUAUGUGGCCAUCUGCCGCCCACUCCACUACACCACGGCCAUGAGCCCUAGGCUCUGUAUUUCACUCCUUACCCUGUGCUGGGCACUCUCUGUCCUCUACGGCCUCAUUCACACCCUCCUCAUGACCAGCGUGACCUUCUGUGGGUCCCAGAAGAUUCACUAUAUCUUCUGUGAGAUGUAUGUCUUAUUGAGACUCGCAUGUUCCAACACCCAGAUCAAUCACACAGUGCUGAUUGCCACAGGAUCCUUUAUCUUCCUCACCCCCUUUGGGUUCAUGGUCAUGUCCUAUGUCUGGAUUGUCAGAGCCAUCUUCCAAAUACCCUCAGCCUCUAGCAAGUACAAAGCCUUCUCCACCUGUGCCUCCCAUUUGGCUGUGGUUUCCCUCUUCUAUGGGACCCUUUGUAUGGUAUAUCUGAAGCCUCUCGACACCUACUCCAUGCAGGACUCAGUAGCCACAGUGAUGUAUGCUGUGGUGACCCCCAUGAUGAACCCUUUCAUCUACAGCCUGAGGAACAAGGACAUACACGGGGCUCUGGGAAGAUUUUUCUUAGGAAAGUCUUUCAGAGGUUGA